AUGUUUAUCAAGGAGAACAUAGAAAAGCAGCAGACUUUUCAAUUCACAUUAAACGUUAAACAUCAACUGUAUUUGAACUCGGCCUUACAUUCGCUUUUUAUACCUCUCGCUACUCAGACCCGGCUUGACUAUGCCAUUUCAGUUUUCAAGCUUUUUUGGGAGCAAAAACAAGAAGAAAAAAAAAAACAGCAACACAAGCAGUGUGUAAGCGACUCAACUACACGAAGCAACAAGCAAUUUUGUCUUAAAGCAAGCUACUACUGUAAAUACGAGGGAAUAAAAGUUUUGAGUUGUUUUAAGCAUUCAAGAACUGUAAUAUGCAAAAGUCAAGAAUCUGAAGUACGACACACAGUUGAAGCUAUUAAACCAAAAGAUUGUGUGAGAACAUUUUCAAACUUUGCUUUUUAUGCAAAGCUUGAUAUUUCACGAUAG